UCGAGUGAGUGUAUUGACUCAUUAGUUACAGUUUAAACUCUGUGCAUAACUAAUAUCAUAAAAUAAUUUCGAGACUUUUAAAUAAACAUAAAACAUGUCACUUAACACUCCAAUUGCCAACUCACGCAAUCAAAGGCCGCGUGUAACGUUAAGAAUACCGGAACAAAAUGCUUAUCAGGAAAACAUUUUACAAGAAAAUCAACAGCAACAGCCGCGACCGCAUUCGCCAUUCAUAAUGUCAGCAACAACGAGUGGUGUACCCAGUCAGGGUCAACCAAACUGGCCCAAUCCAAUUGUGCAACAACUUUAUUCACAACGAGCUGGCGAUUUCGUGUUCCGACAAUUCGAAGGGCUGAAUCGCUUUACAAAAGGUGGCUUAAGUGUGGGUGAAAAAUCUGUCGUUUACAUUUACGCGAAAUUUCGAGCUUGGAGUCGUAAUUGGUUCACCCACAUCUUUCUGUUCAUUGUCGUACUUCUCUACAGCAUUGCUGGCUCUCUUAUAUUCAUGGCACUCGAAGUGGGUGGAAUGAACAAACCGACCGAUAACGAACUUUGGCUAGGAAGCUUUCGGAAGGAGUUAGGCGAGUAUGAGAAGCUUCUGUAUGAUGCAUACGCGAAGGGACAGUUCGACAAUGCUGAAUUAAAGAAGACGUGGACGUUCUUUAAUUCAAUGUUCUUUUGCGGAACAAUCUACACAACAAUUGCGAAUGAUUCAAAAUAUAUUGUCAGAGGAAUCUUAAAUGUGGGACCGCCUUCGCCAGCAGGCUCAGUAUCGUCAUCAUCAUCGAGUUCGGGUGGAAAUGCUGGAAAAAAUGGUGGAAGUGGUUCACAAGCAUAUCGUGCCAAGAUUUUGAGCAAAAAGGAGAAAAGCAUGGCACAAUCCAUUCACCGAAGUCAGUCAACAUCAAGGCAAACAGCAUCAUGUCAGACAAAUAGCGACAUUUUCAGCUACUUGCGGCGUGCAAAACGAUCGUUAUCAGCACCACGGAAGCGAGAAGGUUCCACAGAUAGUGGAAAGAGUCUUACGCCACAAAUGCAAGAGAUGAAAAUUUCUAUGUUGGAGCGAGAAAAUUACACUCUUUCAAAUAAAACCGACGACAAUGAUGAGAAGAAUGUGCUGUUAGAUCAGAACCUGAGGCGUUUUGAGGAAGAAAGGCGUCAGUUCGAACGCGAGAAGCUCAAGUUUCUUGAAGAUAAGCGCGAACUUGAUAGACUUCGUUUACAACGUUUUGAACGAUAUAAAAGAGAACUUGAAGCGAAACGUAUUGGAUUGAAACCCAAUUAUGACAUUGAUAAUCCCUAUGAUUAUAUGAUUGCGAGGAAGGUUGUAAUCGAUUAUAAAAUGAAUGAGAAAUUAAUGGCAGCAGCAGCAGCGACACAAGAUUCUGGUUCAGAAAGUGAACCGGACAUUACUGUCGUUGAAAAUGUGCCAAAAGAUGAGACAAUUGAAGAAGAUCUUUCUACUUGCAAAGUGAUACUAACAGAUGAUAACGGUCAGAGUAACAGUAACACAAUAACAUUGCCUGAAGUUUCAGAUCAGUCAACGUUAUCAAAAAAUCAUUUAAAUGGCAAAGAUUUACCCAACGGCACAGAAAAAUCAUCCGACCAAAAAUCGUCAACAGAUGGUAACGAAGUGAAAAUGGACGAAAUGAAAUUAGAAAGGGUUGAGUUUGAUGAGAAAAGUCCGAUGAAGCUUUGGCCUUUCAUCAAACUACUUGCACGUGAAUCACGACAAAUUUGGUCAAUUCAUAAACGUCUACAUCCUUCAGAAUGGCGAUGCAUCAAGUCUGAAAUUUCCAAAUGCUUAUCAGAGCUUGUGUUGCUGAUGACAUUUUGUGGAAUGGGCGGCUUAGUGUUUCGCUAUUAUGAAGGAAACUAUGAAAUGAUGAACAAAACGGGAGUUAAACGCGUCAAACGUGAUUUUAUCGAUCAGUUGUGGUUGUCCAGCCAUAAUCUGAGAGAAGAAGAUUGGAAGUCGAUGGCUCGCACGAGAUUAAGGAAAUUUGAAGAAGAAUUACAGUCAGCGAUUGAGAGUGGCAUGAAAUCCUACAGUGGUCACAGGACAUGGAAUUUUGUUAAUGGUGUUUUAUAUUGUCUCGAUCUUAGUACCACAAUCGGCUAUGGACAUAUAAGUCCCGUAACAGUCGAAGGGCGAAUAUUCACGAUGGUCUACGCAAUUAUAGGAAUUCCAGUCUUUCUCAUCCUUCUUGCUGAUUUCGGUAAACUCUUCACUCGGGUUAUCAAAUUUGUUUGGGUAUUUGUUAGGCGUCUUUACUACACCGGCUCUUGCCGAAAAGUGCGAAAAACUGUACCAACUCAAGACGUAAUGCGAGGAUUAAAUGUGAUGUAUGACUUCAUGCGACGUCCAAGCUUGGCAUUUAUGGAUCCAAGCGUGAUGGCAAAUCUCCAACAACAACAUCCACUUGAUCCUACAUCGCCAUCGUUAUCAAUACCGAAGCCAAACGAGAGUCCAAUGACACCGCUUCCUGAAAAUCUUCAAAACUACGAAAUUGAUGACGAAUUCAAUCUACCAAUUUCGGUUGCUAUCAUCAUGCUGUUAACGUACAUGUUGUUUGGUGCUGCAAUUUAUUGUUCCUGGGAAGAUUGGAACUUUUUCGAAGCUUUUUAUUUCGUGUUUGUUUCAAUUAGUACAAUCGGUUUUGGAGAUUUAGUUCCGACACAUCCAAUUUACAUGAUGGCAUCAAUCAUUUAUUUGAUUUUCGGUCUUGCACUUACAUCGAUGUGCAUCAAUGUGGUGCAAGUGAAACUGAGCGAUCAUUUUAGACAAGCAAGUUCGAAAAUUAUUGGAGCGCACAUAGCUGAAGCUGUAUCACAAAGCAGUGCACCACAUUCGCCAACUGAAUUGCAAUCAGUUCAUUCGAACAACUCAUUUGAUAAUAAUGGAACAUCGCUUCCAACGAAUGACACUUCGACGAUGACUGCUGACAAAAACACUGUAAAUACAAACUCGAGAAUGCUGUGAAAACAUGAAAUGAAAAAAGAUUUUUAACAACGCAGUGAAAAAAUGUAGAAAAGAGGAAAGGAAAAAACAAAAAAAUUGUGAUGUGCUUUUUUUUAUUGUUGACAAGCAUCGCACAAAAUAAAAGUUUGAACAAUCA